AUGAUAUCUUUCUCAGAUCUCAGUGCGCCGCAAGGCUGGAUUCUCUAUUCCGUUCUCACGGUGUCUGGGCUUCUGGUCUACGCCGCUGUCUGCUCAGUAUUCAGAUUUCGGCGAAUUGGAAAGACGCGGGCGCAAUAUGGUUUUCAUGAUCGCGCCUCUCUGGGCCAUAUGACGAAUGAGCAGGCACACCGCAUUGUCAAACAGCUAGCCUCUCUCGAGGCCCCUACCUUCUAUGAUUUGGCGCUUCGCAUGGCACUUUUUAGGACAUAUGCCAUCGAGGACAUAGCCAAACUCUUGGUAGCGAGUAGUGAUUUGAACCGCCAGCAGCACGCACCAAAACGGCAUGUCACCGCCAAUCUCAUCAUCUUCACUCGCUUAUGCUCAUCCUUCAUCAAGUUUGCGCCCAACUCUGAAUAUCUGCACAAGGCCGUGGCUCGGAUGAACUAUCUCCACAGCCCCUACCAGAAGAAUGACAGAAUCACCAAUCGCGAUCUCCUCUACGUAUUGUGGGCGUCCAUGUCCGAGCCCGUACGCUUCAUGCGGCUGUACGAGUGGCGCGCGCUGACCGACAUGGAGGUGGCGGCACUCGGCACUCUAUGGAAGUACAUUGGCGACAUGAUGCAGAUUGACUACAAAGCCGAGCUUGGCCAGGACCAAUGGCGGGAUGGCAUCGACUUUAUCGACCAAGUCACGGAGUGGGCGUAUCGAUAUGAGGAUGUGGCGAUGAAGCGCCUACCCGAUAUGCAGAAGCUAGGCGACGUGCUUCUUGAUCUUCUCUUGACUUCGUAUCCAGCAGCAGUGCGACCGAUGGCGUACCAAGGCGUCCUAGUUCUCAUGGGAGGCAGACUACGCCAUGCGUUUAGCCUUCCGGAACCAAGCGUCUUUUACAGUGCUCUCGUUUAUAGCCUCCUGUUCAUUCGAAAGUUUGUUGUCCGCUACCUCAUGCUCCCGCGCGUCUUCGGGGUCGAGUACAUGUCCGAACCGGAUCCCCAGAGCGGCCGCCUGCACAAUCAGCACUACCUCAAGGAGCCCUGGUACACGCGCGUCUCGCUCUGGACGCGCUGGGGACCCGAGGCGCUGUUGGUGCGGGCCACGGGUGGUCAGAUUCCGGGUGAUGGUGGUCAGGAGAUGCUACCGGAAGGGUUUCUUUUCACAGACUUGGGGCCGCGGCCCAAGAUGGGCAAGGGUAUCGAGGACACGCAGCGCUGGGAGCAGGUGGUCAAGACAACGGUAUCGCCGUCUGCCUGUCCGUUUGGGAUGAAGUAG